AUGGCACCAUCAAAUUGGUACAAAAAUAAUGACGGACGUAACGACCUUCUGCAUACAAUGGCCAACAAAUUAAAUGAAGUCAUAGCAACCAUUUCUUCAUCCAAGGACCUACCAGCUCCUAUUAAAGCUCUUGCGUACGAAUUGUCGCUAUCAGAUGGCAGUAAGAAUGGUGACAAGGAACUUCUGGAUGCAGUAGCAAAAAAAUUGGAUGAAGUCAUUGGAGUCAUUUCUACUUCUAUCGAGAAGCUACCAGCUCCGUUGCAAGCACUUGCAUCUGGAUUAUCGCCAUCAGAUGAGAAUAACAAAUAUGACGAUCUUCUGGAUGCAGUAGCUAACAAAUUAGAUGAAGUUGUUGCAGCCAUUCCCUGCAUACCGAUUAAAAGUUUACCAACUCCAAUCAAAGCACUUGCGCUCAAAUUGCCGCCGUUGGAUGAGAAGGACAAACUGGUGGAUCUUCUAUAUACAGUAUCCAAAAAAUUGGAAGAAGUUGUUGAGGCUAUUCCUAUUUCAGCCGAAAAGCUGCCAGCCCCUUUGAAGGCUCUUGCAUCCGAACUGUCAUUAACAGACCAUGCCAACCAUGGUAACGGACAGAAGGAUCUUCUGGAUACAGUGGCCAAAAAGCUGGAUAAAGCUACCUCUACACAUCCCAAUAUCAGGAGGCUAUCUCUUCCUUUCACGGCACUCGCAUCUGAAUUGUCGCCCUCGCGUCACAACAGUAUGAGUGAACAAAAGGACUUUCUGCAUUCGGUGGCCCAAAAGUUAGAUGAAGCGAAGGACACAGUUGUGGAAAAAGCGAAAGAAGCAACGGAACAAGCUGCAAAAGAAGUGAAGGCUGUGAACGAGAAACUUAGGCAGAUCACAGAAGUUUAA